AUGAGUGAUGGAAGAAAGAGGCUUAGUGGAAGUCAAUACAAUAAACUAAGGCAAAUAAAAAAGUUGAAAGAAGAAAUUAUUUCAAACAAAACCUCAAAAAUAGACAUAUUUUUUAAACCUUUGAAUGAAUUUGUAAAAGUAGUCCAACAGAAUGCCGAUCCUGAUAUAAAUAGCGAAUCAUAUGUUACUUCUUCAAGUUAUGAUACAAUCGACAACGCUUAUGCAGAUCAAAUUUUGCCAAGUGAUCCUGUCGAGUGGCCUAUUAAUGACUAUACUCGAGAUUAUGUGGCCAUGUACGGAUAUAAGCAAAACAAGAAUGCUGACUUUUCUAAAUCAAAACGACAGUACACGGAUAAGACUCGAAUGCUGACUAAAAAUAUUUUUAAUAGAAAGCUUGCAAAUGGAGAACUUCAGCCACGAUCAUGGUUGGUCUACUCUGAGAGCACGGGACACAUUUUUUGUGAAAAGGGAAUUGUGUUAGGCAGAGUAGACAAACACCUGAUCCAACAGCUAGAUGAAGAAAUGAUCUACUGGAGGAAAGUUCUUCAUAGAGUAGUUGUAGUAAUAAAGACACUUGCUUCAAGAGGUUUAUCUUUUAGGGGCCAUGAAGAAAAAUUUGGAUCGAACAAAAAUGGAAAUUAUAUGAUGUUACUGGAGAUAAUUGCUCACAAAGUCGUUUCAAAGAUCAUUGACGAAAUUAGAGAUGCAAAGUACUUUUCAAUUAUUGUAGACUCUACACCUGACAUAUCUCACAUUGACCAGCUUUCUUUUGUCGUGCGUUAUAUAAAUAAGAGUGGUUUGCCAGUUGAACGUUUCAUCAAAUUUAUUCCUAACACUGGCCACAAAGCAGAAGAUAUAUUUAAUGUUGUAAUUACAACACUAGAAACUUACAAAUUAGAUAUUAAUGACUGUCGUGGUCAAUCAUAUGACAAUGCCAGCAACAUGUCAGGUGUAUAUUCGGGAUUUCAGGCGAGAAUCAAGAACGUAAAUUCACUGGCUAACUUCAACAUAUCGAUGGGAGGUCCUACAAAAAAGUUCUUCACUUGCCUCAACAUCAAGGUCAAUUUCAUUGAAGAGUCUUUCUCAAACACUUGGUCUGCACGUGAUGACGCUCGUAAAGCUCUGAUGGAGUCCUGGUCAGUAAUCCUGAACGCUAUUAUAGCAUUAGAACAGGAUUCAACUCAGAAGGCAUCUACUAGAACUGAAGCAAAAGCCUUGCAUUUACAACUAGAAAGACUUGAAACGGCAUUUAUGGCUACGUUUUGA